AUGGCUUCACCGCGUUCACAGGUUCCCGCCGCCGGAAUGUUCAGGAGCUGCUAUGACCAGCUGGGUGUGGAACGCAACGCGACGGAGAUCCAGAUUCGGCGCGCAUUCCACAUGAAGGCUCUGCAGUGGCAUCCGGACAAAUGCAAUGCCCCAGAUGCGGCAGAGCAGUUUCGAAGAGUGAACGAGGCCUUCAAGAUCCUCAGCUCUGACAAGAGCCGCCGGGAGCACGAUGCCCAUCUGGAGGCGCGACGUCGUCCAAGAACAGAGCCUCCGCAACAGGCUCCCGUGCGGCCCCUUGUGGCGCCCAUCGCAGCCUUUCGGCAGUUGCUGCUGGAUGCCUCGGUGGGGAAGGUCGUCUCUGUGCCGGAGUUCAGGGCAUGGUCCGGGAGGUGUGGGAUCCCGUUUCCAGCAGACUGCAUCGAGCGUAGCGACCUGAUCUCCCAGCUGCUGCAUCAAGUCGAAGGCGAGCUCGACCGUCGUGUGCGACUCCAGGACUGGUCAGAGCUGCAGAAGGCGGAGCUCGUAGCCUGGCUGGAAACUCGAGGCUUCAGUUUGAAGUUUGUGCUACAGGACGAUGCGGUGGACAAGAAGAAGCUCAUCCAGAUCGUUUCUGGCUACUUGGCACGGGAGCCGUUCCCACCACCUGGACUUUCCGCACAGAAGCCUGCGGCAUCUGCAGCAUACAGUCCACAGAUGUCGGCAUCACCCACAGCAAGCCGAGCUCCUUCGCCACCACCAGCUUCUUCCUCUUCCUGCAAGCCUUCCACUCCUCGCGCGGCUGCCAAAAAGAGCAAAGCAAAAAGUGGGUUCUCCUGGGCGGCCUUUUGGCUUGGGGCCAGCAGGCCGUCCGGUCGCAGUGCCGUUUCUCGUCCGUUCUGCGAUCGUGGCCAUUUGGGCCGGAGGCCGCCAGAGCCGAGUGGUAACGCAAAGGCCGAAGCCAAGGCCAAAGCCAAGGCCGAGCCUAAGGCGUCUAAGGCCAAGGCGGCCAAGGCGGCCAAGGCGAAGCGAAAGGCCAAGGCCCAACCUCUUCUGUCGCGGUCCCCGCGCAACCACAGCCGAAGCCGGAGCCGCCAGAGCCUGUGCAGCUCCUCGCAGAAGAGGAGCAAAAGCGGCGAGGCUGCUCCGAGCACAAAGAAGCAGGCAAAGGCGGCGGCGAAGAAGGAGCCGCCCCUGGCACUGCCCUCCUCUUCUAGCUCCAGCUCAAGCUCAGAGCCGUCAGAAUCCUCGGAGAGCUCGACUUCCGAGAGCUCGGAGCCUCCGAAGGCCAAGGCGAAGCCGGCGCUUCCUCCGGUGAAGAAACCUCGGGCUGAAGGUCCUCGAUGUCCUCGCCCUCGCAAGACGGCGGCUGAAGCAGAAGCCCUGGCGAAGCUCGAGGAGCUCCGCGGAAAGCUCGAGGCCUUGCGUGAGGCGAGGAGGGAGGCCGAUUACCCCCAGGCUGUUCCAGUUCUGAAGGAGUUGGGCACGUUGGACGAGCAGGGCAGGAUCAGCUGGAAGCAUCUCCAACAGAGCAGGCUUUUUACCGAGCUGAACCGGGUAUUUUGGCGCCAGCAGGUGCACGGUACAAGUUUUGGUCUCGCCGGGGCUUUGUUGGCUAAGUGGGUGCGGCGGCGCGAGGACGCUCUCAAAAGCAGCUGA